GGUCAGAAUUGAUUCAAGAGGUGUAAAAUUGAUUUUGACAUGUUUGUUUUGUCAAAAAUAGAAUUAAUUUUUUUUAAGAAUUGAUUUUACCUUAAGCUAUAAAUUGUAGCUUUUGAAACUAGAAUUAAUUCUUACACUUAAAUUUAUUGGUCAACUCACUUUUAUAUGAAUGUAUUCAAACAUAAAUCCAUUUACCUUCAACUCAAUUUUAGUCAAAAUCAAUUUUAAAGAAUCAAUUCAUUCAAAAUAAAAUCUUCUCACCGCAAAAUCAAACAUAUAGCAAGACUUUUAACUGAAAUUUUACAGAUCAGUGCAUUUAAACCAUCUCCAAUAAGGAAUAACUUUCCUUGCUUUUAUAAAUGUCUAUAUAUAGAGGUAUGAUGGAGAAGCAAUAUUAAGCAAAAAUACAGCAAUUAACCACAACAAACAUUAUGAGUACAGAAAAAUUAAUAGAUAGAAAACAUUAUGUUCUUGUACAUGGUGCAUGCCAUGGAGCUUGGUGUUGGUACAAGGUCAAACCACUCUUAGAAUCUGCUGGUCACCUUGUCACAGUACUUGAUCUUGCAGCUUCUGGAACCAACUUGAACAAAAUUGAAGAUGUGAAUACAGUUUCAGAAUACUCUGAACCUUUGUUGCAGCUAAUGGCAACAAUUCCCCCAAAUGAAAAGGUGAUUCUUGUUGGUCAUAGCCUUGGAGGACUUAACAUAGCUCUUGCAAUGGAAAAAUUUCCAGAAAAGGUAGCAGUUGGUGUUUUCUUAACAGCUUUUGCUCCUGACAUCGAACACAAUGCAUCUUAUGUAAUGGAAAAGUAUAUUGAGAGUACCCCGACGGCUGAAUGGGUGGACACUGAAUUUUUCCAGAGUGGAAACAAAACAUCAAUGUUCUUUGGCCCCAAAUUUUUGUCCAACAAGCUCUAUCAACAGUCCUCCAUUGAGGAUCUUGAGUUGGCCAAGACUUUAUUGAGGCCAGGGUCCCUCUUUAUGGAAGACUUGAUUCAGCAAAAGAACUUAUUCACCAAACAGGGUUAUGGGUCAGUUCCACAUGGCUUUAUUGUUUGCGAUGAUGACAUUGCAAUUCCAUUGAAAUUUCAACUUUGGAUGAUCCAAAAUGCUGGGAUUAAUGAUGUACUUGAGAUCAAAGGCGCAGAUCAUAUGGCUAUGCUUUGCAAGCCACAACAACUAUGUGAUUCACUCAAUCACAUAGCUAACCAGUGUAUCACCAGUUAAAAAACUUAAUAUAGUUAUUAAUAAUCUUUUUUAGUAUCCUUAAUUAGUGUUUCGGAAACACUAGUUAGCAUAACCCUAAUUAAUACACAUGAAGUCAUGAAGUGAGCGCUUUAGCUUUGGUGUUCAAAUAAUAGGGAAUAUAAUGCUAGCAAUACAUUUGUAAUGAAUGAAUAUACUCCAUGCUAGAGAAUAAAAUAGCUUAAGAUGCAUUAAAUAAUUUUAGGUGAUUAAUCAUGCUUUUUAGGAUCUAUAAGAGUUCAAUUAGAUAAGUCAUUGGUUAGUUUGUUAUGCUUAACCAAUGCUAUAAAUAAAGGCAUGGGUGAAUGUAAUGAUCAAGUAAGAUGAAUAAAAGAAGGUAAUUUGUUAGCUUAA